CCCUCUUUCUCCUCCUCCUCCCCCUCUUCUUCUUGAAGUUAGUUUCACUUUAACUGGGACUUUGCCCUUUCUAUAUCAGGAGGAGACGGAACCCCAACAUACAAGAAUUGUGAUCUCCUAGAAGAUCUUAUGAUGACGCCAACCGUUGGAAUAUUCUCCAGGUCUGAAGAUACUGAAUACGCCUGGUUAACGGACCGGCUUGGAGAAUGCUGUGACGUUCUUCCAGUCUACAUAUCUAAUUAUAAUCGCCAUGUUCUGAUACAAUCCCUCAGCCAAUGCCGAUUCGCCAUCUUGUAUCACACCAAAAACAGAGGCCGGAUUAAUAUCACCGAUGUCACAGAUUCUAUCUACGAUGAAGAGAUACGCCUGCUAUCGGACAGACUCGGAGAAGGUAAAGUCUUAGCGGUCAUCGAUGAUCUGGAGGACAGCAGUGAGAAGACCAAGGACAGAAUCCUGGACAGUCAGUUUACCCUUCGGAACAAGACUGAGGGGAACGUCUUCCUUUUCACCAAAGAGGAGAAGCGAAACCAGCAAAGGUUGAGAGAAAAAGUACAGCCGAUAAUUGAUCUGAUCCAAAGGGGUACGGUCAGGGCUCCAAAACCCGCCGGUCCGCCUGGGAUCAUACCUGAACCUGGACAAGAAAAAGAAAAGAAAAUAAAUUCCAGGGGCAGUGUAUCAUUUCUGGUGGUUUUGGCUUUAUCUGGGAUUAUGUGCCAAGAAUUGUAUCGCUCACCGGAUGGUAGAAAUUGGUUUCUUGCCUGCUUUUGGACAGUUGGGGCCUUCAGGGCUUACUUCAGGAAGCCAUCACAUGUCUUUUGGUUUCAUCCCCGGAUCCAUUCCAUGUUUUCCUGGAUCGUGACCCUCGCCAGUUUGUACAACUUUAGCUACAGACAAAGCAUUUCUGAUGUUGCCCUUCCUGCCUUUUGGCUUCCAGCCAGUUUAGGCCUCCUUCAUGUUAAUAGGCGCCAAUCCCAUUUGAAUCAAUUGGUCUUGAAGAUGUUGGCUUAUGGUCUGGUGCUGUACACCUUUUGGAAAGGUUGGGAGAUACGCGAUACCACCGACAUAUCGGAGUUAUUAGUUCAGAUAGUCCUGAGUUCUCCUUACACCCUGGCAGUUCUAUGAGUUCACCACCAACGGACAGAUCACCGGAGACACAUGACAUCUUGUUGGUUUUCCCCAACAACCUUCACUUCCACCAUUGUAACCAAAUACUUACUAAUAAAGUUUGACAAAACA